AUGGCAGACUCUUCACUACCAACGAAGAUGAAAGCAUGGCAAUACUCAUCGACGAAGGGUGGCCUCGAAAAAAACCUGAAGAUCAACGAAUCUGCGCCACUGCCGAAGCCCAAGGCGGAUCAACAUCUCAUCCAGGUCAUCGCCGCUGCUCUGAACCCAGUUGACUAUAAGCCUCAAGAAAUCCAGCUGGUCAGUCGAUUCUUCCUGCCGAAUCCUGCGACACCGUGCAUCGAUGUUGUGGGCAAGGUUGUCCGACCCGCAGAUGGCAGUGACGUUAGACCCGGACAGAUGGUCUUCGGCGCCUCUGGCACAGGAGUUCUCGCUGGAGGUGCUCUAGCAGGCUACGCUGUGGCGAGGAAAGAUGCCGUGGCCGUUCUACCGGAAGGUCUGGAUCCGGUCUGGGGUGCUACUGUCUGUAUAGCUGGGCUCACAGCAUAUCAGACCAUCGUCCCAUACGUGAAAGAUGGAUCAAGAGUCUUCAUCAAUGGGGGGAGUGGAGGCACAGGUAUCUUCGGCAUUCAAGUAGCCAAAGCUAAAGGCUGUCAUGUCACGACGACUUGCUCAACACCAAACGUGGAUCUGUGUAAGAGUCUCGGUGCGGACGAAGUCAUCGACUACAAGAAGCAGGGCGUGCUUGACGCGCUGAAGGCUAGUGGCAGGAAAUUCGAUCACGUUGUGGACAAUGUUGGUCACAACCCAGAGCUAUAUUGGCACUGCCACGACUAUUCGAACCCCAAAGCAGUCUUCGUGCAGGUGGGUGCUCCGGCCUCAGUUCGUGCCGCUCUCGAGAGUGCAGCAAUGAGGCUCUUGCCUGGGUUUCUGGGUGGAGGCAAGCGGAAGCUUCAGGGCUUCUUCGCUGUGGCCAAGGCUGAGGACUUGGCUGAGAUUGGCGGGAUGAUGGCGAGCGGUCAAGUGAAGCCGGUAGUCGAUACUCAGUUCAGGUUCGAGGAUGCCCCCAAAGCUUUCGAAAGACUAAAGACCGGAAGAGCGAAGGGCAAGAUCGUGGUGGAGGUUGAUACGAGCGCUGCGUAG